UGGUAUUUUAAAAAUGUAUUUCCUCUCUCCCUCUCGUUUAUUCCUUUCUUUAUCGUAUGACAAUGACAGAGAUCGGCACCACGUACGAAUUAUAUCAGAAAAGAAUCAUUAGUUAAAUCAAAAAUUUCCUUUUAUUGACGGGUUUCGACGAAAUAACCGCGCUUUCAAAAGAAACGUUUUUGGAAUUCGGCAUAAAACAUAGUUCCGAAUUUGCGAGGGUUGACAGCGGCACGUGUCAUGGCGAGUAGUAUAGUAUUGACAUAAGCAUAGAAAAGUUAAUCUCUCCGAUAUAACUGUCAAAUAUUGCUGACAUAAUUCAUCGAAGUAUAGAAAAUGAAGGAAGAAACGAUGCUUAGUUUGAAGUGGCACAGUUUCCACUCUCACUUAGCAGUUUCUUUAGAUACGUGCUAUGAGAAGCAACAGUUUGUGGAUCUUUCCUUGGUGUGUAAAGACGGAACAAUACUAAAGUGUCAUAAGAUGGUAUUAGCGAAUUCGAGUCCUUUCUUUCGACGUUUACUUGUCGCUAAUGAUCACCCUCAUCCAAUGAUCAUACUUCAUGAUAUCGAAGCUGACGAUCUGAAAACGAUUGUUAAUUUCAUGUAUUGCGGAGAGAUAAAAGUAAUUAAAAGUGAGGUUAGAAGGUUGCUAAAGUUGGCUGAAAUCUUAGAAGUCACUGGUUUGCGACACAUUCAGAGGUCAUUUUUGACAGGAGAACAUUACAAUGCGUCUCAAGAAAUUCCUAAAAAGACAGCUACAAUGGCCCCUUCUAAGAUAGAAGACAACAGGAACUCUAACAAGAGCGGUCCAAAUUCUGACUUCAGAACAAAAGUUCAAAACAAAAAUGUGUCUCAGUCUGCUACAUUUUUAUCUUCGCCUCAUAAUACGCCUAAAACUUCCCAAGAUACUGCCAAAAGAAAUGAAGAGAGUAACAUUGCUUCUUCAAGCCAACGAUUUGAAAGUAAUAGACCCAACCUUAAUAUAAUAGACAUCAAUGACAUCCCAAGUACGAGUAAAGGUUUACAAUCACAAAUGAUUCCAAAAAGAAAAACAUCUGAUGAAUCUGUUAUCAGUUGGCAAAAGAUUUUAUCUACUAUAUCGAAAGACAAACAACUGCCAUUAAAAAGAUUAUGUAUAAUGGAUGAAGUGGAAAUUACUCCAGGUAAACCUUCGACAUCCAAAUCUGAAACUAAAAGAGACGAGCCAUUGGACAGAAGGAAAUCGAUAGAUACCAUACAUAAUAGUACUUCUAUGAAAUGUGCAGUUUUUAUAAAAGAUGAAUUAGAUGUUUCAUCAGAGUUAGAAGAAAAUGCAGAUAUGGAUCCUCUUGAAAUUGAAGAACUUGAAAGUGAAAAUACAGAGAAUGUUGUAACAUCUAAACGAACGUACAAUUUGUGGGACUUUGAUCGGAUUUAUAAUACACGUAAAGUGCUAGAUUUUCCACCAAAGAAAGGUCCUAACAGUUAAUAUGCGGAGUAUUGAACUUUGAUCUAUUAAGAGUGAUGCUUCUUUAGAUUAUAAAAUUUUGUGACUGUACAUUUAUUUAGAAGGAUAAAACUUGUUAAAAACUUAUCCUUGUUAUGUGAUCAUAAAUAAGGAUUAAUAUUUUAACUUCGUCGCUGUUUGUUAUAUUAUCUUAAUCCCUUCCUAAUAAACCAAUACGUAUA